AUGUCCCAUCAUGGCAGCUCCCGACAUACCCGGUAUACUAGAUUGAUGAGGAGGAGAUAUCGUUCAACGGACGGCCAGGAACAAGGUGUGGACCAGGAUCUCGACCAGCAUGGGGAUUCUUCGCCGCGAUCAACCAUGCCCCAUGGGUCGGUUGCUCGUGACGUUGCGGACGAAACGACCGGCGCGAUUGCUCGUAGAGACGAAGAAUCGACCCCGGAGAAGCGUCGCCAGACUGUAGAUUCGGAUGACCAAACCACGGUGCUGGCGAGAGUGAUCAGCACGGUGGACCAGGAUUCAGAUCCAGACACCACCACAACGGCUCAACCGACCAGAACUUCCGACGUCGAAUUGGAUCGCUCCACAACAUCUCACACCUCGUCCGACCCGACCUCUGUCACGCAUUCCGAUCGUUCCACCGCAGAUAAUGCUUCAUCUGAGACAAGUACGGUAACGAGUGCGUCCUCGUCCUCGUCGAACGAAGAACGCCCGACUGCCUCGCCGGGAUAUUCAUCCCCCACCGCAGACACGCCGACGAUGACGACCGGCAAUGGCGCCUCGACAACCGACUUGUCGUCCUCCUCGGGCAAUUCCACCUCCCAGCUUUCUACUCAAACAUCCCAUUCCAUUAUCAGCCCGACUGCGAUCAGCGCUUCGUCGAGUCACCGAGUGUCGUCAAGUUCGGCGGUGUCGACGUCCAGGACAUCCUCGAAUACCACCACCACACCUACUACGACCUCGUCAACAACCAGCUCGGUGAUGGUCGUGUGGACGACUUCAGAGAGCACCACGACGACGUCCUGGUCCUCCACCAGUGACGGCUGGGGCAACGGCAGAUCCGAUGCCACAAGUACCACGGCUGCAGCUGCUCCCACGUCGACUGAGGUCGCUUCGGGCGGCUCUGGCUCGCUCGACAGCCAAACUAAAGGGAAGAUUGCUGGCGGCGUCGUGGGCGGUGUAGCGGGAGCGCUGAUCCUGCUUCUUGUCGCCUUCCUGCUGUUCCGACGACGAAAGGCGGCCCGCAAACCGGUUCAAGAAGGCCUCCCUGCGGGUCCCGAGACGGGGACGGCGCUCGGGGCUGAAUCGGUCUCGCGGUCUGCCGAAAUGGCUUCGCGGCGGUCGAGCAACGAUCCCCUGUUUACCGCCUCGUACUUUGCGCCGGCCUUCAUGAAACGCUGGCGACAGUCCAACCAGACGACUCGGACCGAUAGCACGCUGGCCUCCAGCAGCAGCGAGCGUGGUUUCCAGAAGAUUUCGGGAAGGAAAAUCCCCUCGGUGCUGCAGUCGGGCGGCGACGGUUACGGGGGUGGCUUCGAAGCUGGCUCUCCAACAACGUCCGAGCCAAGUACCAUCAUCUCGCCGCCGUCACCAGUUUACCCGCGAUCGCCCACCCAACCGCCUCCGUCGGUGCCGUAUGGCAUGCCUUUGGACGCUAGUUAUACGCGGGAGGCGGAGGAGUCGGAUUCCAGGGUGAUCUUCCGGCCGUCACCGGCGCGGACCCCCGUCGCGGGCUCGGCCAGUGCCAGUUUAUCCAACGAACCCGCCAGCUCGCGGGCUGUUCCUCAAGCAUCGGGAGCCCUGUCCCCCACGAUCCCCAAACGACCCGACUUGUUGGGCCGCAGUCAUCCAAGCUUUGACGGGAGUCGAGGCAGCCGAUUUUCUGAGAACCUGUGA